CUCCCCAGUCAUGGGCUUCUCCGCCCUAGUCGCCAGCGCCCUGUGCACUUUCCUGCUGCCCCUGCUACUCUUUCUGGCUGCUGUCAAGCUCUGGGACCUGUACUGCGUGAGCAGCCGCGACCCUAGCUGCCCGCUCCCGCUGCCCCCGGGCACCAUGGGGCUCCCCUUCUUCGGGGAGACGCUGCAGCUGGUGCUGCAGAGGCGGAAAUUCCUGCAGAUGAAACGCAGCAAAUACGGCUUCAUCUACAAGACUCACCUCUUUGGGCGGCCCACGGUACGGGUGAUGGGCGCCGAGAACGUGCGGCACAUCCUUCUGGGCGAGCACCGGCUCGUGUCCGUGCAGUGGCCCGCCUCCGUGCGGACCAUCCUGGGCUCGGGCUGCCUCUCCAACCUUCACAACGGGCAGCACAAGCACCGCAAAAAGGUGAUCAUGCGUGCCUUCUCCCGGGACGCCCUGCAGCACUACGUGCCCGUCAUCCAGGAGGAGGUGAGCGCCUGCCUGGCGCGGUGGCUGGGCGCCGCCGGGCCCUGCCUACUCGUGUAUCCCGAGGUGAAGCGCCUCAUGUUUCGCAUCGCCAUGAGAAUCCUGCUGGGCUUCCAGCCCCGCCAGGCCAGCCCUGACGGCGAGCAGCAGCUGGUCGAGGCCUUCGAGGAGAUGAUCCGCAACCUCUUCUCGCUGCCCAUCGAUGUGCCGUUCAGUGGGCUCUACCGGGGCUUGCGGGCACGCAACAUCAUCCAUGCCAAGAUCGAGGAGAACAUCCGUGCCAAGAUGGCCCGCAAGGAGCCUGAGGGUGGCUACAAGGAUGCGCUGCAGCUGCUGAUGGAACACACACAGGGUAACGGAGAGCAGCUCAACAUGCAGGAGCUGAAGGAGUCUGCCACAGAGCUGCUGUUCGGGGGCCAUGAAACCACUGCUAGUGCUGCCACAUCACUGAUCGCCUUCCUGGGGCUCCACCACGAAGUCCUGCAGAAAGUGAGGAAAGAACUGCAGGUGAAGGGGUUACUGUGCAGCUCCAACCAAGAGAAGCAGCUGGACAUGGAGGUCUUGGAGCAGCUGAAGUACACAGGCUGUGUCAUCAAAGAGACCCUCAGGCUGAGUCCUCCUGUUCCCGGAGGAUUUCGGAUUGCACUCAAGACCCUUGAGCUAAAUGGUUACCAGAUCCCUAAAGGUUGGAAUGUUAUUUACAGUAUCUGUGAUACACAUGAUGUGGCAGAUCUCUUUACCAACAAGGAAGAAUUUAACCCGGAUCGCUUCAUGUCUCCAUCUCCAGAGGAUUCCUCUAGGUUCAGUUUCAUUCCUUUUGGUGGGGGCUUGAGGAGCUGCGUGGGCAAAGAGUUUGCAAAAGUCCUUCUAAAAAUAUUUACAGUGGAGUUGGCUCGGAGCUGUGACUGGCAGCUGCUGAAUGGACCUCCUACAAUGAAAACGGGCCCCAUAGUGUACCCUGUGGACAAUCUGCCUACCAAAUUCAUAGGUUUCAGUGGCCAAAUCUGAGAGCUCAACACUCGCCUCCCACUGG